AUGGGAAAUUGUGGUAGCAACCCAAAGACCGAUGAGGGUCCUGAGCCAGUGCCUGAGAAUGUGACCGAAGAGGUCAAGGUUGAGCAAAAGGAGAUCGAAACAAAUGUUGAGACCAUGACAGAGGAAACCCCCAAGGACUCAGCUGAUAACAAAUCUCUUGGCACCUUGCUCAAUGAGAAAGUAGAAGAGGCACAAAAGACAGAGCAAAUAAAGGUUGAGGAAGUAAAGGCCGAAUCCAAGCCAGAAGAACCUAAGACUGAGGAGGUAAAGGUUCAAGGAGAAAAGCCCCAAACAGAAGAAGCAAAGAUUGAGGCCUAA